AGUAUUAUCAAAAACGUUUAUUUAAAGUUUUAUUCAACUUAAUUAAUAGUUGUGAAUAUUGAUUGACAUUUUACAGCAAUAUUUAACUGAUUCACAAUUCUAUAUAUCACACAACAUCUCAUCUAUCUCAUUGACACCAGUGUAAAAUCUAAGCUUCGUACUGACUGAUUAUUUCAUUUUACAUUGGUGUUGAUGAUUAAAUUUAAAAAGAUGAAGUGUGACGUAGAGUUGUGCAUGUGGUUAAAUUACUGCAUUCGGUAAAGCAAAUAUGAGACGUGCUAUCGGAGUGCUCUCUUACCUCACUCUAUCUUUGUUUAAUGCCAAUAAGUAACAAAGACAGAAUGUGUGAACAGAGCCUCCAGACGCUUCAGAUUUACUUUGCCAAACCCACCCAAUAUUAAAAGGUAUAAGAGGCAUCUUUUAUCACCAAUGUAUGGGCAAUUAUUAUCAAUUAAAAACCGGGAGUAAACGAAAUGGGCAAAUCUUAUUUUAUAUUUCUUACUUCUUACUCUUACUCUAUUACUCCUGCUGACAUUGUAGACCUUGCAUUAAACAUAACGAUAUAAUAUGCAUUAUUACUUCACGAACUGUCAUAACAACAUAAUCUCAUACUGCACGUCACUUCACGCAAACUCCUGGCAACCCACAUACCCUAUUACACACGAUGCAAACGUUGUACUGACGAUGCGAAUGGCUGCGUUCCGUUUUAUCACACACAUGAUUAUUAACAUUAAAUAUUAUGCGUGAAACGGAACGUUACCCAAGAAGCAUGCGAAAGUGACUACGUUUACACGUCGGGUUUAACAACAUCGGAGUUAUAAAACUGGCCAACUACAGCCAUUCCUCGGAAGAAUGGAAUGGUUAUGAUUGGCCAGCUCUAGAAGUAUCGAUGUUAUUAAACCUGUUUAAGGGUGUCGUGUAAACACGGGUGCGAUCCGAUAUUCACUUUCAGUACUGACAGUACUGCAAACAUCGUUCCGAAAUAUGUCGCAGUAAGCUUUCGAAGCACAUUUGUGUCAUAUGACGUUAUAGUUUUCUGACGUCAGUUUCUGCUUUCGUUGGCUACGUUCCAAAAUUGAUUGCCAGCGCUGUGAGUGUGACGUCACAAAGCGCGCUGUUUAACAGCGUUUCAUUUUUAACAGUGCGCUGCUAAGACGCUGCCUAGACGGCAGCUAAUAACGGAACGCUUCUUGCAGUACUUGCAGUGAAUAUUUCACGCGUGAAUAUCAAAUAUUGAAAAGGUUAAUUUAACCUAGAGAAAUGGAAAAAAAUGAGCAAGAAAUGUUUGUUUUUAGAAUACUUUUAGAAAAUGUUAUUGAAUCUGAUGAAGAAAAUGAUUCUGAAUCGGAAGAAAUAAUUAAUUUAAUAACAAACUUAAAUUAUUCUUUAACACGAGUACUACGAAUACGUUGCAAAAAUUAUAUUGAAAAUGUUGUUUGGAAGUACACUGACGCUGAAUUUAAAAUGCAUUUUCGAUUGAGUAGAUUAACGUUUCGUUUCUUAUUGGAACUUUUAACUCCGCAAUUGACAAAAACGUUUGAGGGUCCUGGUCGAAAUACUAUUGAUCCGGAAAAAAUAUUGUUAUUGGCUAUAUGGAUGAUGGCAACUCCAAAUUCAUACAGAUUCGAUGUUAGAAAGGCAACUGCUUGGAGAUGUGUUAUGAAGGUUGUAAAGGCACUGUAUUCUCAUCUCAACACAUUUGUUACAUGGCCUAAUAGAGUAAGAGCUGAAGAGAUUUGAACACAUAUUAAAAAUAAACAUAAAUUUUCAAAAGUUAUUGGAGCAAUAGAUGGUACACAUAUCAAAAUUUCUGCACCAAAAGAUCAUGCAGACGCCUAUAUAAAUCGAAAGGGCUAUCAUUCAAUACAAUUACAAAUAAUUUGUGACCAUGAAUUCAAAAUUACUCACGCAUAUGCAGGACAAGUGGGAUCGGUACACGAUAUGGGAGUUUUUAGAUUUUCUGAUUUUGAAAACAUGUGUAUCGAUGAAAAUUUUCCAGAAAA